AUGACAGGCAAGAUUGCAGAGUUAGUGAAGAAGCUUAAUUGCACAGAAAAUCAAGCAAGAAAUGCACUGCAGCUGGCAAGAGAUGACAUGGCCAUAGCAGAGACAAUUAUAAAGGAGUACAACGCAGAUAAAAGGACCAGCUACGUGGGUGGUCACAGUGGGCAGAUCGUGGAAAUCCCAAAGACAAAGUAUGCAGCAGAAUUUGAAAAGUUAAUGAAGGCCUCGAAUGCAGGAGAAAAUGAAGAGCCAGUGGGAAGUAGGAAGCUAACAAUAUACAAGAAUGGAUUUAUGAUUGAUGAUAAAUUUACACCACUCUCAGAGAAAGAAAUAAAAAGAGCCCUGGAUAACAUCCUGAAGAAGCAAGAAGUGCCAAGUGAUUUAUUCAAUAUUAAACAGAAUGAUUUGGUGGAUGUGGAAAUACAGGAUAAGUCGGACGAAGUAUACAAAGAAGACUACCCUGGCCUCUCCAGAACAGUCAAACUAACCAUUCCACAGGAAGGCAAGUCAGUCAUUGAACUGGGCACUGAUGAAGUUCUUUUUAAAUUAACAAUCCGCAAUAAGAAUACUAUUGUUAAAAUGGGCGGGUGCACUUCCUUUGCUCCCCUCCAGAAAUAUCUUCAGGAGAGAGAGUGUCCAGGAGGAUUAUUUCAUGACGGCAAGAAUGUGCCAUGGGAGGAAAACCCAUCGAAGUAUAAAAGAGAACUCUUAAAGCUAGUUGAAUAA